UGAAAUUAUUGGUGUUUUGGUAAAUAAUGAAACUUUUAUUUGUGCUGCUGGUUUUUGUUAGUUGUGCUUUACCAUGGGUUAUUGGAGAAGGUCAACAACGAGUAGCAAUACCGACCCUUUCAACCACUACUACUACUAAAGCACCAACAGUAAAGACAACAACUGAAGGACCACCAGCACCACCAUCUUCUUCACAAUCAGGAUCAUCAGCAUCUGAGGAUUCGUCUGCCCCAACAGUGCCAAAAGGACCAGAACCUUCAGCUUCUACAAAAGAAUCUUCACAAUCAGAAUCAUCUGAAUCUGAUGGGGAAGAAGAAGAAGAAUCACUUGUACCAGAAAGUGAUCCUUCAAGUUCUUCCUCAAGAGGAUCAUCUACAGAAGGACCUCCUGAAGCACCACCAACACCAGAAAGUAAUCCAAAAAGCGGAACCAGUUCAUCUUCAUUUGAAUCAGAUAGCGAAGAAUCAGAGGAGUUCUCAACCGAAUCAGAAGAAUCUUCUAGAUCUCCAGGACCGUCACCAUCAGAACCAGGAAAAUCAUCUAGAUCUUCAGAAUCGAGUUUCGCUUCAAGUGAAGAACUGUCAGAGAGUGGAUAUUCAUCCAGCAGUGAAUCAGAAUAUAGCGACUCUUGGGGCAGUGGAAUAUUCGACUACUAUUCAUAUACUUCCAGUAGCGAAUCUUCAUCAUCAGAAUCUAGACCAAGGAGAAAGAAAUAUUGGGACAGCUCAUCAUCAUCAUCAUCUAGUAGCGAUUCAUCAUCUUCAGGCGGCAGAAAACAUAGGAGAAUUUGGGACAAAAGCUCUUCAUCAUCCAGUAGUGAAUCUUCAGGAUCAUGGAGGAGAAAGCCUUGGGACGAUUCGUCAUCAUCCUUUAGCGAUUCAUCAUAUUCAGACUAUAGUGACUACAGUUUACCUUGGGGCAGCGAUUCCUUGUCAUCCAGCAGCGAUUCGUCAAAUUCAGGUUCCAGUGACUAUUAUGAAUACUACGACAGCUCAUUGUCAUCUAGUAGUGGAUCUUUAUCUUCAGAUUAUAACUAUUAUGAUUCCGGUGAUUCAUCCAGUAGUGAAUCUUUAGGUUCUAGUGAAUACUGGAGCGAUGAAUGGGAUAGUUCCUAUAGUCGAUCAUCUGAAUAUAGUGGAUCUGAAAGUUAUCCAUGGGACAGCUCUUUAUCCUCAGAUUCUAGUGACUCCUCUGGUGGAUUAUCAGAUUCUAGAGGUUAUUGGGGCGGAAAUAAACCGUACUACCCGUCAUAUAGUGGAUCAUCAGAUUCUAGCGAGUCUUUCGGAUCAAAUUCAUUGGAGAGCAGUUACUCUUCAGAAAGUAGUAGUAGUUCAUCAGGUAUCAAAGACAUCCCGGUAUUAAAUAUCCGAGACAGAUUUAGGACACAAGAUUAUGAUGACGAAUCCGAAAUAGAUCCUGGCAGUUUACACUCUUAUGAACCAUUAUCAGAGUCUGAAAGCAGUUUCUCAUCCAGUAGUGGAUCAUCAGGUUCAUCAUCAUCGUCAUCAUCAGAAUCCUAUAGUGAUUAUGCAGAUUAUCCUGUUUAUAUUGGAGAUAACAUCUACCCAAGUUCUUCAAGUAGUUCUUCCUACUCGAGUAGUACUUCGUCUUCAAGUAGUUCAGAAUCAUCUUGUGAAGAUUCCAGUGAAGAAAAACAUCCGGAAUGCAGACCUGAGUAUUGUCCAUACCACGAUGAAGGUAAUAUAUAUUUCAUACAAAUAAAUUUAAUUGCAGUCCAACCACUUAAGGAUACAAAUCCCAGUAAUCAUAUUGACCAAAAGUUGCCUAGUGGACCAGAUGACAAAACUCGUCCUCCUGGGGUAAUUUUUCCAAAAGAUCAGAAGCAUUCUGACCAUGAAAAUGAUGAAACCUUCAAAGGUAUCUUCAGAAACCAAGCUGUGCCUUCUGCUCCUGGUGAAAAUCCUGAAACCAAAGCAAAAAAUCAUGAUCAGACAUCUGAAAAUAGUCUUGAAGGAUAUAAUCAUACAUCACAAGAUAAUUCAAAUCUUGAGAAUGCCCUAGGUGACACAGAACAUCAUAAUUCCGAUGAAAACCUAAAAAAUCAUGAUCAGGCAACUGCAAACAAUCUUGAUGCUGGUCAUCAUCAUACAUCACACAAAGAUUUAGAUCUUAAUGAUGCCCUAGACGAAUCAGAUCGUCAUAAUUUAGUACCUCAAGAUGAAACUAGAAACCAACAUGAAUACCAAGAUGAAACUCAAGACAAUCUUCACCAAGGCUACAAGGAAAUUCCUGGUGUUCAGGAAGAACUUAUUGUACCAUCAAAGUAUCCAACAACUCAAACUGACCAACAAGAUACAAUAAACUAUCCUUUUGUUUCAACAAGUACACAUUAUCCAGACACUUUUGAAACACCAGAAAAUCAAAUACAUCCUUAUUUAUAUCCCCAAAUGGGUCCACCAUAUCCAGACACAUUUGAAGCACCAGAACAUAACCAAAUAUAUCCUUAUCCAAACCCACAUUUUGGAUAUCAAAACUACUUAGACGACUUUCCAAACCAAUUACCUUUCAACUCAUAUGCACCCCAAUUUCCUUAUCACCAAAAUCUUAUCCUUACUACCAAAAUCCUUCUUUCUCAUUUUACCAAAAUCCUUACCAAGACGACUUUUAUCCCAAUAUCAUCCCAGAAACUUCUACAAUUCACAAACUACACGUUGGCAAAAGUUCAAAAAUUUUAUGCAAAAACCUAUAAAUUCCUUAAGAAAUCAUUUUAA